UAAAUAAGUAAAUACACAUUAAUCUUCUCCCAUACUUGUAUGUCCCUUCACCUUUGUCGUUUGUCCCUUUUUCUUUUCCUUUUUGUUUCAAUUUGUUUAAUUUCAGAAAUUCGUUACGUUAUCAACAAUGCAUACCACAAAUGUUGUCAGACUGAUGUUAACCUGGGAUUUUUUUUAAUAUUUUUAUUUUACUAUCAUAACAUUCAAUACAAUUUCUUUGGAACGUUGCACAUGGACAUCUCUUCAUCUCUUAACCCUUCUUUACGUGUUUCUGCCAAAUGUUUAUGACUGUAAACGAGAAUGGAGCUAAAUUUAAAAUGCUGUUAAAGUGACAAUAGGGGCUUUACCGAAUAAGAAGGUUCAAGAUUGUUAUCCUGUCCCUCACACUGUUUGUGAAGUAGCCUAUGUCUGCGUAAAUCGAAACGUGCGUUAAUUCCCAAUGUAUGCAAGCAUCGUGUCCUAAACUCCAGGACUCAAAAUCUGUGAUACCACGGAAAUUACAAAACACAUGGGCAGCGGGUUGUUUUCAUUUGAGUUAAUAUGUUUCGAAAAGGGAACUCCCAUACCUCCAAAAGAUGUAUAAAAAGGACAAAUCCUGAUCCUAAGCACUAUAAUAUGCAACAGCUUAACGCAACAAUGCUGCCCAGGCUCUGUACUUAUGUGUCAGUAAGCAUCCUGUGCCUCGCGCUGUGUCGCUGUGGCGUCGCCGGUCCGGUCGGAGCGCGUGAAUCUCCAUUGAGCCUCACAGGAACGACGUGCAACGCGCUCGCGCGCUCCCUGCUCUGGAACGUGUCCGCGGUGCUCGCGAUGGACCACUUGUUCAGCGGGUUCGACUGCACACAGCAAAACGCAAAGGUGCACCUCAGGACGCAAACGGUGGCUACCUGCACACCGCAGAACGCCGACUGUGCUCGCAGCACUGUCCUUAAUAUUGAUGAGAAUGAAUGCCUGAAGAGAAUUCUAGAAGAUCUCCUCUACUAUCGGGAAACUUUUCAAGCCUACUCGAAUCCAGAGCUCAAAACAGUCGUCAGAAGCAUCGAUGACCUCAUGCAGAACUGUUUCUCUGUCUCUGUAAUGGACAAAUCUCCGGCAGAGGUGCUCAUGGAUCAUCAAAACUCUUUUCAAGAGCGACUUAAGCUGUGCAAAGUCCUAAAGGGUUUCAACCUUCGGACAAUAACAAUAAACCGAGUUUUCAACUACAUUUUGGCAAAAUAGCAAGCUAGCAGUUGUUACCGGCCAAUUUAUUUUAGUUUACUGUUUCUAAAAGGAAUGAUUAUUUAUUAUUAAGUUAUUUAUUGUAUUUAAGCAUUAUUUAUUUAUGGAGUAAUUUAUGAAAUUUUGAUUUGUCUCUUGCUGUUUUAUUAAAGGUGGACCUUGCAU